AUGUGUAACGUUAUUUUAUAUGCAACACUGGCCGCGUUGCUGGCUACGGCUCUGGCGCAACAGAACCAAUGGAAUCCUUACAUCAAUACCAACAUGCAAGAAAUGCAACAACAUGAUUUGCAGCUCCAAGCCAGCGACUAUUCGGGGGGCUUUGAUUUCGGCACCCAAGAAGGUCACGAUGGAAUCCAAGACUUCGGUGGACAAGAUGGACACAAUUACGGAGGACACCACAUCCAGACGCACUCUUACCCCGUCCACCAACACGUGGAAGAAGAGAACCCUGAACCGAUAAAGCAUUACAAAGAAGUUGUCGUACCGAUACCGAAAAACGUAGAGUUUAAGGUACACCAUCCCGUUAUUAUACCCGUACCCCAUUCGGUACCCAUCCAGAUACCCGUACCGAAAGCGGUGGUCAUACCCAUUAUAAAAGAGGUAUCGAUACCUGUUGAGAAAUCCGUACCGUACCCUGUCGAAAAAGUGGUUCACGUACCCAAAAUCAAAGAGGUACCGUUCGAGGUGGUCAAGCACAUCAUUGUACCCGUACCCAAGCCUUAUCCUUUUAAGGUACCCGUUUAUGAGACUAUAAUUCAUACCAAGAAAGGAUCACAUAAGAUUUAA